AUGCCUGGAAGAACGAAGACUCGCGAAGAUGCGCCCGAGGAGGUAGAUACCUCCAUGGACGAUGCACCCACCUCGGCGCAACAGCCUGCAGAAGAGGAAAACGGAGAUGCCAUGCAGGAGGACGGAUCGGAAGGCGAUGGGGACCCUGUCGAGGAAGAAGAAGAAGAAGAGGAACCCCAGCGAGUUAGAAUCCUACCUGGAUCAUCCGAAACGGCAGCUUCUUUCGAAUUCCUGAAGGAGGGUCACACACUUGGCAAUGCUCUGCGAUAUAUAAUCAUGAAGAAGUACGUUAAUAUUCUGUCCUGUCGGGACCCGGACGUCGAAUUCUGCGCGUACGCCAUUCCCCAUCCUUCCGAGGACAAGAUGAACCUCAGAAUCCAAACAUACGACACGACGACUGCUGCGGCUGCGUUGGCCAAGGGCCUUCAAGACAUAGAGGAUCUCUGUGAUGUCGUUGCCGACGAAUUCUGGACAGAGCGAGAGAAGUUCGAAGCAACCCCGGAGCAGGCUCGCAAGAGGCAAGAAGAAACAGAGAGGAGAAGACAGGCAGCACAGACUAGUUGA